UGGUGGUGCCCCCACCCCGGGCACGGGGCCAUGUACAACGGGAUCGGGCUGCCGACGCGGGGCAGCGGCACCAACGGCUACGUCCAGCGCAACUUGUCCCUGGUGCGGGGCCGCCGGGGUGAGCGGCCUGACUACAAGGGAGAGGAGGAACUGCGGCGCCUGGAGGCUGCCUUGGUGAAGCGUCCUAAUCCUGACAUCCUGGACCACGAGCGCAAGCGGCGCGUGGAGCUGAGAUGCCUCGAGCUGGAGGAGAUGAUGGAAGAGCAGGGGUACGAGGAACAGCAAAUUCAGGAAAAAGUGGCUACCUUUCGACUCAUGUUGCUGGAGAAGGAUGUAAACUCUGGGGGCAAGGAGGAGACCCCGGGGCAGAGGCCAGCGGUAACUGAGACUCACCAGAUGGCAGAAUUGAAUGAGAAGAAGAAUGAGAGACUCCGCGCUGCCUUUGGCAUCAGUGAUUCCUAUGUGGAUGGCAGCUCUUUUGAUCCUCAGCGUCGUGCUCGAGAAGCUAAACAAUCAGCUCCUGAGCCCCCCAAACCUUAUAGCCUUGUUCGGGAAUCCAGCAGUUCCCGCUCACCAACCCCAAAGCAAAAGAAAAAGAAAAAGAAGAAAGAUAGAGGGCGCAGGUCAGAAAGCAGCUCUCCUAGACGAGAGAGGAAGAAGAGUUCAAAGAAGAAAAAGCACAGAUCAGAAUCUGAAUCCAAGAAGCGGAAGCAUAGGUCACCCACUCCAAAGAGCAAGCGUAAAUCUAAGGACAAGAAGCGGAAGAGGUCUCGAAGUACAACACCAGCCCCCAAGAGCCGCCGAGCGCACCGUUCAACUUCUGCUGAUUCGGCUUCCUCUUCUGAUACUUCCCGCAGUCGGUCUCGAAGCGCUGCAGCUAAAACCCAUGCUACUGCCUUGCCUGGGCGGAGUCCUUCCCCUGCCUCACAAAGCCGAGGGGAAGGAGAUGCAACUUCCAGGGAACCAGCUGUCACCACCACAGGGCAUCCUAGCAGCCCAGAGACCUCUACAGUGCAGCCCUGCAGCCCUUACGAAGACAAAGACAAAAAGGAGAAAUCUGCAACUCGACUUAGCCCCUCUCCGGAAAGGAGCAGCACAGGCCCAGAACCACCUGCUCCCACUCCGCUCCUUGCUGAGCAACAUGAAGGCUCCCCACAACCCCUUGCAACAGCCCCUUUGAGUCAGGAGCCAGUGAACCCCCCAACAGCGGCAUCCCCAUCCCGGGGCCGUUCACCACCUAAGUCUCCUGAGAAACCUCCCCAGUCUUCUUCAGAGAGCUGUCCACCAUCCCCUCAGCCUACCAAAGUUUCUCGGCAUGCCAGCUCUUCCCCUGAAAGUCCUAAACCCACACCAGCUCCUGGGUCUCGUCGAGAGAUUUCUUCUUCUCCAGCAUCCAAGAGUCGUUCACAUGGCCGAGCAAAGAGGGAUAAAUCGCAUUCCCGUACUCCUCCUCAUAGGGUGGGCCGGUCUCGCAGCCCUGUCACUACCAAGAGGGGGCGGUCUCGAUCUCGAACCCCUGCCAAGAGAGGCCACUCUCGGUCCCGGUCACCUCAGUGGCGUAGAUCCCGGUCUGUGCAGAGGUGGGGAAGAUCUAGAAGUCCUCAGCGACGUGGCCGCUCUAGGUCACCUCAGCGGCCAGGGUGGUCUAGGAGUAGAAAUAACCCGAGAAGAGGCAGGUCUAGAUCAGCAAGGCGAGGCAGGUCACACUCUAGAUCUUCAGCCACUAGAGGCAGGUCUCAUUCUAGAACACCACCCCGUCGGGGCAGAUCUCGGUCUAGAACACCUGCCAGGCGGAGAUCCCGAUCUAGAACACCUGCCAGGCAUAGGUCUAGGUCUAGGACACCCGCCCGGAGGGGCAGGUCUCGUUCUAGGACACCUGCUAGGCGCAGGUCUAGAACCCGAUCACCAGUAAGACGACGGUCUCGUAGUAGGUCUCUUGCCAGGAGAGGUGGCCGUUCACGAUCUCGCACCCCUGUCAGACGAGGUCGGUCACGUUCUAGAACUCCAGCCAGACGAGGUGGUCGGUCACGCUCUCGAACCCCAGCUAGACGAAGUGGCCGGUCACGCUCUAGAACCCCAGCCAGGAGAGGGCGAUCUCGGUCUAGGACACCAGCAAGACGACGAUCUCGUAGUAGAAGUUUAGUUAGACGAGGGAGAUCUAGAACACCCCAAAGAAGAGGCAGGUCUGGUUCAUCAUCAGAGAGGAAGAACAAAUCCAGAACGUCACAGAGGAGGAGUAGGUCUAACUCAAGUCCAGAAAUGAAAAAAUCUCGUGUAUCUUCAAGACGGAGCAGGUCCCUCUCUUCACCACGAUCCAAAGCAAAAUCUCAUGUGUCUUUGAGGCGGAGCCUUUCAGGAUCUUCUCCAGUCCCAAAACAAAAGUCACAAACACCACCCAGACGCAGUCGCUCUGGAUCAUCUCAACUUAAAGCUAAAUCUAGAACACCAUCAAGACGAAGUCACUCUGGUUCCCCACCGCCUAAUCAGACAUCUAAAACCCCUUCAAGACAAAGUCUGUCUCCUCAGCCUAAAGAGAAAUCUGGAAUAUCACCGGGGCAGGGGCCUACCACAAGUCCCCAAGUAAAUGAACAGUCUGUAGUACCAGAAAGACAAAGUCAUUCUGAAUCUCCUGAUCUUGAGGUGAAAUCUAGGACCCCUUCUAGACAGAGCCGAUCUGGGUCGUCAUCUCCACAGCCCAAAAUGAAGGCUAUAACAUCUCCAACUCAAAGCCAUUCCGGCUCCUCUUCUCCAAGCCCUACUAGGGUUACAUCUAAAACGCCGCCAAGGCAAAGCAGAUCAGCAUCACCCUGCCCUACAAUGGACUCUGGAUUGUUACAAGGACAGAGCCGUUCUCGGUCCUCCUCACCAGAUACCAAAGUGAAGCCUGGAACACCACCUAGACAGAGUCUGUCUGGAUCAAUAUCUCCUAGUCCCCAAGAGAUGUCUAAAGACACAAUAGCACAGAGUUACUCUGGACCUCCAUCUCUAUACUCAGGAGUAAAAUCUAGUACACCAUCAGAAGAGAGCCAUUUUGGCUCUUCAUCCUUGUUGCAGAAAGGACAAUCUCAAACCUCACCAGACCACAGGUCUGAUCCUUCUACUCCAGAAAUGAGACAGAGUCACUCUGUAUCUCCAUCUUUACAGAGUAAAUCUCAGACAUUUAAGGGUGGGCAGUCCAUUUCCUCAUCUCCAGUUGCUGAGCUGGUAUCCAGAUCUCCAAAAAGACUAGAUACAAGUGAACUGCCCACAAGUCCUAGGCUGAAAUCUAAAAUGUCUCCUGAGCAAAGCAUGGCACAGUCUGACUCUUCCCUGUAUUCUGUAAUGGACUCUAAAACUCUUCUGGGGCAGAGUAGAUUGGAACCUUCUGAACUGAGAGAAAAAACAGGCUUACUCCUUCAGGAAGAUACCACUGCCUCUUCUAAAGACAGAGAUAAGUCAAGUCCUUUGACACAUGAUAGAUCUGAAUUCUCACCAGUACCCAAAGACACACCUAGAACCCCACCAAGAGAAAGAGGUGGCAUUGGGUCAUCUCCAGAUGUAAAAGACCAAACUAACCAAGCUAAGCCAAGCCAAGAUGAGGAGUUGAUGGAGGUGGUAGAGAAGUUGGAAGAUUCUUCAAACCAGAUCCCACCCCAUCUAUCUCCAGAACUUAAAGAAAUGACUGGAAGUAACUGUGAGUCUUCUCCUGAACUUGAUGAAAGGCCUGCCGUGUCACUGACUUUUGAACAAAGUCAGUUACAGACUGCAUCGGAAGCAGCCGUUCCUGCAGUGGCUUCAACUUGGAGUGGGCCACAUUUUUCCCCAGAACGUAAAGAACUGUCUAAUUCUCCUGCCGGAGAGAAUAGCUUUGGGUCACCUUUAGGAUUUAGAAGUUCAGGUCCUUUUGCAGAAAUGAACACUGCAUUUUCUCCAGGUGGUAAAGAUUUGAAUGGACCUUUUCCUCAUCAGACAGAGACAGACCCAACUCUAGAUGUGAAAGAACAAUCCACCAGGUCAUCCAGACACAGCAGUUCUGAGUUAUCCCCAGACACAGGUGAAAAGGCAGGAAUAUCUUCAAAUCAAAGCGUUUCUUCACCUGUACAUGAUCCUAUGCUCAGAACACCCUCAAGGGAAAGAAGUACUUCAGCAUCUCCUGAACUCAAAGAUGGUUUGCCUAGAACUCCUUCCAGAAGGAGCAGAUCAGGAUCUUCUCCAGGACUCAGAGAUGGGUCUGGGACACCCUCAAGGCAGAGUUUGUCUGGAUCCUCACCUGGAAUGAAAGAUACACCCAGAACACCAUCCAGGGGGAGAAGUGAAUGUGAUUCUUCUCCAGAACCAAAAGCUUUGCCUCAGACUCCUAGGCCAAGGAGUCGUUCUCCAUUAUCUCCAGAACUGAACAAGUGUCUUACUCCUCAGAGAGAAAGAAGUGGGUCAGAAUCAUCAGUUGAGCAGAAGACUGUGGCUCGGACUCCUAUUGGGCAGAGGAGUCAAUCUGAGUCAUCUCAAGAACCUGAUGGGAAACCUAGUGCUUCUCAGGAAAGAAGUGAAUCAGGCUCUUCUCCAGAUUCUAAGGCGAAGGCCCGAAUGCCCUUAAGACAGAGAGGUCACUCUGGCUCCUCAUCUCCAGAGGUUGAUAGCAAAUCUCGACCCUCUCCUGGGCAUAGUCAGUCUGGUUCAUCUCCUGAAGUGAAAGAUAAGCCACGGGCAGCACCCAGGGCACAAAGUGGUUCGGAUUCCUCCCCCGAACCCAAGGUCCCAAACUCUAGGACCCUCCCCAGACGAAGCAGAUCAGGCUCGUCGAGCAAAGGUAGGGGCCUUUCUCCUGAUGGAAGCAGCAGUUCUGAGUCCUCUCCAGAACACCCUCCUAAAUCAAGAACUGCUAGAAGAAGUUCUAGGUUGUCACCAGAGCCAAAGACCAAAGGUCGGACUCCACCUCGGAGGCGGAGCUCUCGAUCAUCUCCUGAGUUGACUCGGAAGGCUAGAAUCUCUCGUAGAAGCCGAUCUGCAUCAUCCUCACCAGAAACUCCCCCGAGACGCCGGAGGAGUCCUUCAGUGUCUUCUCCAGAACCAGCUGAAAAAUCUCGAUCUUCACGCCGUCGGCGAUCAGCAUCAUCUCCACGUACAAAGACAACUUCAAGGAGAGGACGUUCUCCUUCACCAAAGCCUCGUGGGCUUCAGAGAUCCCGUUCUCGCUCGAGAAGAGAGAAAGCCAGAACAACCCGACGGCGAGAUAGGUCUGGAUCAUCUCAGUCUACCUCUCGGAGAAGACAGCGGAGCCGUUCAAGAUCUCGGGUUACUCGUCGGAGGAGGGGAGGUUCUGGUUACCAUUCAAGGUCUCCUGUUCGCCAGGAGAGUUCUCGAACUUCUUCACGCCGCAGAAGAGGACGCUCCCGAACACCCCCAACUAGUCGGAAGCGUUCCCGCUCACGAACCUCACCAGCCCCAUGGAAACGCUCCAGAUCUCCAGCCACUCACCGACGGUCCAGGUCCAGAACCCCCCUAGUCAGCAGGCGGAGGUCCAGGUCUCGGACCUCUCCAGUCAGUCGUAGACGAUCAAGAUCUAGAACAUCGGUGACAAGGCGUAGGUCUCGAUCUAGAGCAUCCCCAGUGAGUCGAAGAAGGUCUAGGUCCAGAACCCCACCAGUAACCCGCCGCCGCUCAAGGUCCAGAACACCCACUCGCCGCCGUUCCCGUUCUAGAACUCCUGUAGUGACUCGCAGGAGGUCUAGAUCCAGGACUCCGGUAGUAACCAGGCGGCGAUCUCGAAGCAGAACAUCACCUAUAGCUCGAAGAAGAUCAAGAUCCAGAACAUCCCCUGUUGCUAGGAGGAGAUCUCGUUCUCGCACAUCUCCAGUAACACGCAGGAGGUCUCGCUCUCGAACUUCCCCGGUAACACGUCGUCGAUCUAGGUCCCGAACACCUCCAGUUAUUCGGCGCCGAUCUAGGUCUCGAACCCCACUGCUGCCACGAAAACGUUCUCGAAGUCGUUCGCCACUCGCUAUUCGCCGCCGUUCUAGAUCCCGAACUCCAAGAGCAACACGCGGCAAAAGGUCCUUAACCAGGUCUCCUCCAGCCAUCCGCAGGCGUUCUGCCUCUGGAAGUAGUUCGGAUCGUUCACGUUCAGCUACACCUCCGGCAACAAGGAAUCAUUCUGGGUCUCGGACCCCUCCAGUAGCACUCAGUAGUUCGAGAAUGAGUUGCUUCAGUCGUCCUAGUAUGUCACCAACUCCUCUAGACCGCUGUAGAUCACCUGGAAUGCUUGAACCCCUUGGCAGCUCCAGAACACCCAUGUCUGUGCUACAGCAAACUGGUGGCUCUAUGAUGGAUGGUCCAGGUCCCCGAAUCCCUGACCAUCCGAGAUCAUCUGUUCCUGAAAAUCAUGCUCAGUCUAGAAUUGCACUUGCCCUGACAGCAAUCAGUCUUGGCACUGCUCGACCUCCUCCAUCCAUGUCUGCUGCUGGCCUUGCUGCAAGAAUGUCCCAGGUUCCAGCUCCAGUACCUCUUAUGAGUCUCAGAACAGCCCCAGCUGCCAGCCUGGCCAGCAGGAUUCCUGCAGCCUCUGCAGCAGCUAUGAACCUGGCCAGUGCCAGGACACCUGCCAUCCCAGCUCCAGUAAACUUGGCUGACUCAAGAGCGCCAGCAGCAGCAGGAGCCAUGAACUUGACCAGUCCCAGAACAGCGGUGGCACCUUCAGCUGUGAAUCUUGCUGAUCCUCGCACUCCCACCACCCCAGCUGUGAAUCUACCAGGAGCCCGAACCCCAGCUGCUUUGGCAGCUUUGAGUCUCACAGGGUCUGGCACCCCCCCAACUACUGCAAACUACCCGUCUAGCUCCAGAACACCCCAGGCUCCAGCCCCUGCAAACCUGGUGGGCCCCAGAUCUGCCCAUGCCACUGCUCCUGUGAACAUCACCGGCUCAAGAACCCCAUCGGCCUUGGCCCCUGCAAGCCUCAGCAGUGCUAGAAUGGCACCAGCCCUAUCUGGUGCCAACCUCACUAGCCCCAGGGUUUCUCUGUCUGCCUAUGAGCGAGUUAGUGGCAGAGCCUCACCACCACUCCUUGACCGAGCUAGGUCCAGAACCCCACCAUCUGUCUCUAGUCAGUCGAGAAUGGCAUCUGAGCGGGCUCCUUCUCCUGCUUCUAGAAUGGGGCAGGUCCCCUCACAGUCUGUUCUCAUAUCUCCAGCUCAGGAUCGAUCUAGAUCCCCUGUGCCAUCUGCUUUUUCUGACCAGUCCCGAUCUUUACUUACCCAGACCACCCCUGGAAUAGGGUCUCAGACCCUAUCCUCUGGGACGGUGGCAAAGACCAUGUCCUCUGGUGACCACAAUGGCAUGCUCUCUGGCCCUGGGGUAUCCCACCCUGAGGGUGAGGAACCACUUGCCUCUACUGGGGCCCAGCAGCCUUCUGCAUUGGCUGCCUUGCAGCCAACAAAGGAGCGGCGGAGUUCUUCCUCCUCCUCCUCCUCCAGCUCUUCCUCUUCAUCGUCAUCAUCUUCAUCAACCUCGUCCUCAUCUGGUUCCAGUUCUAGUGAUUCGGAGGGCUCUAGCCUUCCUGCUCAGCCCGAGGCAGUGCUGAAGAGGGUCCCCAGCCCAGUUCCAGCUCCAAAGGAAGCUGUUCAGGAGGGGCAUCCUCAGGAGCCAACCCCAGCCAAAAGGAAGAGGCGCUCUAGCAGCUCCAGUUCUAGCUCUUCCUCCUCUUCCUCCUCCUCCUCCUCUUCUUCCUCCUCCUCUUCUUCCUCCUCUUCCUCUUCCUCCUCCUCCUCCUCUUCCUCCUCUUCUACUUCUUCCCCCUCCCCUGCAAAGGCUGGCCCUCAGGCCUUACCCAAACCUGCAAGCCCCAAGAAACCACCUCCAGGCGAGCGGAGGUCCCGAAGCCCCCGGAAGCCAAUAGACUCCCUCCGAGAUUCCAGGUCCCUGAGCUACUCACCUGCAGAGCGCCGCCGGCCCUCACCCCAGCCCUCCCCGCGGGACCAGCAGAGCAGUGAGCGGGGUUCCCGGAGAGGCCAGCGUGGGGACAGCCGCUCUCCAGGCCACAAGCGAAGGAGGGAAACACCCAGCCCCCGGCCUGCCAGACACCGCUCCCCCAGGUCUCCAUGAAAUUUUGGUGGGAUUCUACUAUAUCCCAGGUUCUGGAGUACAUAGGGAGCCCCUUCCACAAUCAAGAUGGGGUUCUUAUCUGACCCCUCCUUUGAACCCUGGCAGCAUCUUGGGGGGGAAAGGAUUCCCUCUUUUCCUCCCUCUCCCUUUUUUCUUUGUUCCUGUGAAAUGUUAAUCUGUGAGUUUUACCUGGUUCACAUUUUGGGGGGUUGAGGUGGGUGGGAAUGAGAAUGGGAGUUGUGGGAGGGGGUAUUGUAUGACAUCCCUCAGACAAAGGGUCUAGAGCUAGUGCAUCCCAUUUAUCCCAUUUGUCUCCCAAUUCAUGGGGGGAAAAUGGUUUGGAGGAUGGGAACUUGAAAGAGGCUUUCCCAGAAGGUAGGGAGCAAGAACUAAGAAAUACGUUGGGCCCUGUUAACCCCCCCCCCUCCCAGUGAAGUUGUAGUCUCCAUCUACCCCACUUUUCUUCACCUUUCUUAAAGGCAUUUUGGUUUUUUAAGAUCUGUACAGCAAAAGCAACUUUUUCUGUCGAAUAAAAAUGAGAAAUGCAGG